CGUCAAACCCCAAAAAAAAGUUGACAGUUGACAAAAAGUACUUUUUAAAAUUUUGUUUAUUCUUCCAUAUCUACAGUUUUUUAAAUUUCGAAUGGUUUCUUUAAAUUUCGACAGGUGAUUUUAUUUUCUUAGAGUGAAGAUAUAUAGAAGACACGAAUUAAUCUUAAAUUAAUGGUAAACAUGUUUACGGCACCGUCGGCUAAGCAAAUUAAAAUAAUACAAGAUAUUCAACUUAGAAAGCCGCAAAAUGAUUGUGAUCAAUUUCGAAAAAAGAGGAGAGUUACUUCAAGUACGCUUAUGCUUGACGAAGAACCAGUAUUUUCAGACUCUGACGAGGAAAGACAAUUCGGUGAACUAAUUUUUGGCUCCAUCCAACCAGUUAAAAAUAAAUGUCCGAAAGCAAUUGAAUGCAAUAAAUUAACAGGUCAAAGCACAACAAUACCAGUUAAAGAUAAAUAUCGUGAUGUUGAAGUUCAAUGUGACUUACUAACACCCGAAAAAGCGCUUUAUAGAUUAAUCAACCAAUGUUCUAAGUUAAAUGCAGAUGAAGUCGGAGAUUUGAAAGAUAUUGUUAAAAGUUGUGAAAAAUUUAUUACAAGACGUUCAUUAAAUAUAAACGAGGCAGAUGCAUUAGGUGACAUUAGUUAUAUCUCUAAUGAUGCAAGAUACUCUUCACCUACAAGGAAAAAGAAAAGCAGAAAUGAAUGCAGAAAAAAAUCAGGCAACAAAAAAGGAUCUAAAAGAAUUCCGGUCAAACCAGGAAUAAAUGAUCCCAUUUCAUCAACAAAAAUUUCCAAUUCAACUUUUAAAAAACCUUCUGAAGUAGGAAAUACUUUAGAAAUCAGCGGUUCAUCAAAACAUGUAAUCGACGUUAAAUCAUUAGCUAGAAACUGGAUGAAACCUUACAAAAGCUUUUGCUGUAAGUUAUUUAAAAAUCACAAUAGCUAUUUGUAUAUUAGAGCGGACAUUGAUACUUUGCCGGCAACGAACUUUUUGCUCUAAUUGCAAACAAUAUUUUUUCUAUAAUCUCAUUUUUUUCAAAAAAUUAUGAAAAAGUCAAUGUUAAAACCAAAACAAAGACGUUUAUUUCAUAUUCAAAGUAUUUAACGAUUUUAUAACUAUACAAAUUAAGUUGAAAUUCACUUAUUGUAAUUAUCUAUUCAUUAUUCAGGCAAAAAUUUUUAAGAACUAUCAAAUGACAUUUCAUUUGAAGUAUUGCCUAGAGUUUAUUGCCUACUUUAUCACUAGUAGGUAUAUUGUUUACAACUAGGGUUUAAUUUAGUUUAAGAUCUAUGUACGAUGUGCACAUAUGGUAGAAAUUUAUUUUUAUUUACUAAAUACCAUUUAUUUGCCUACAACCAUAAUGUUCAAUUUACAUGUUUUUCACCACGAGAAAGGCGUAAUGUAUUGAGUUUUAAUCCGUGUUAAAAGUUAUGAUGUAGGGUUCACAGUAAACUUUUCAUGGAUAUGUUACUGUUUGUUUAGAAACCAAAGAACUGUUGUUGGGAAGGGUUGGUAUAAUACGAUGUAUUGUAUCUACAAUACGUUUAAUCAUGAAUAAUGGAUUAAAUUCAAAUAUUUUAUGUCGAACCUAAUGAAAAUAUUAUUUAAAAAAAAUGCUUAUACGUUCAUAAAUUGGCAGGCUUGGCGACUACUAUUUCGAAUAAAAAUAGCGUUCAACAUGGAAAUUUAUGUUGCAAUAUGAGCCCUUCCCACUGGCAGCUAUUGUUUGACAGGUCGUUGAAAUGCCUAGUUAUAUAUCUGUACCCGAGAAGUAAGGCUAGGGUAGGUUGAAAAUAAGUGGGAUGAUCUCAUCGCCUUCCACUUCGACCCGGAUGGAUCUAACGUGGCUCAUGUCUAACUUAUAGUUCACCGUACAGAGCACAUCUUUUAAUGAAGACCAUGGUUGAAUUAGACCUAUCCUUAUGCGGUUACCUGGACAACAAUGUCCUGUCAUUAGUCCUGUAAGAAUGCAUAGAUCUGUUCUACUCCAUAACUGGAUCUAAGUAGAGGCGUUCAUGGAAGGGUUGGGUAUAAACGCCUUUGUCUUUGCCGCAUAUCCUUCUGAGGGUCCAGAGGCUUAUGUUACAAAAUUUGGCUUUGUUGAUGUUUUUUUUCUAAUUGGGGGUUCCAGGAGAGUUUCUUAUCUUGGAUAAUCCACAGAUAUUUCACUUCCUCCGCAAAAUAAAUGGUUUCCUCGGACCAAGAUAGGUUGUCGAAGGAGUUUUCUUCUCUUGGUGAAGGGAACGAUCACAGUUUUCCGGGUUUUAAUAAGACAGCUGUUGAUCGUGUGUUUAGGGCUUGGAGAUCGCCUCUUCGUACUUUCCUCUAAUUUUAUAAACUAUAUAUACGAUGGCUCAAUCAA